AUGGCAUUCCAAGACUCAGGAGGAACACAAGAAGCAUCUAAGAGAGGUUGUAUUCUUGGGCCAUAUAAUCUUGACCACGGGAUCGCUGUGUACCCUAAUAAGGUCAAAGCUGUGGCUAAUUGGUCAACCCUCACAAGGGUGGGGGAAGUAAGAAUUUUCUUACGACUGGCUGGUUACUACAGGCAUUUUGUUGAAGGAUUUUCUAAAAUUGCAAUGCCACUUACUCAGCUAACUAAGAAAAAUGCUAAAUUUCAAUGGAGCGAUGAACGUGAGAAGAGCUUCCAGGAACUUAAGAAUCGACUGGUGACUGCCCCAGUUUUGACCAUACCCUUUAGUUCAAGUGGGUAUGUUAUCUACAGUGACUCUUCUCAGGAAGGGCUUGGAUGCGUACUAAUGCAAAAUGGGAAGGUGAUCGCAUAUGCAUCUCGACAAUUGAAGACUUAUGAGUAG